GCAGGGAGCCCGCGUCCUUUCCCUGCUGUGAUUCCGUCCUGCGCGGCUGUUCUGAGGAGCAGUAGUCGUGUGUCUCCGUCCGCCUUCUCUCCCACCUAAGUGCGUGCCACCGCCCCAUGGAAGAUUCGAUGGACAUGGACAUGAGCCCCCUGCGGCCCCAGAACUAUCUUUUUGGUUGUGAACUAAAGGCUGACAAAGAUUACCACUUUAAGGUGGAUAAUGAUGAAAAUGAGCACCAGUUAUCUUUAAGAACGGUAAGUUUGGGAGCUGGUGCAAAGGAUGAAUUGCACAUUGUUGAAGCAGAGGCAAUGAAUUAUGAAGGCAGUCCAAUUAAAGUCACUCUGGCAACUUUGAAAAUGUCUGUACAGCCAACGGUGUCCCUUGGGGGCUUUGAAAUAACACCACCUGUGGUCUUACGGUUGAAGUGUGGUUCCGGUCCUGUGCAUAUUAGUGGACAGCACUUAGUAGCUGUAGAGGAAGAUGCAGAGUCAGAAGAUGAAGAAGAAGAGGAUGUGAAACUUCUUAGUAUAUCUGGAAAGCGUUCUGCCCCUGGAAGUGGUAGCAAGGUUCCACAGAAAAAAGUAAAACUUGCUGCUGAUGAAGACGAUGAUGACGACGAUGAUGAUGACGACGAUGAUGAAGAUGAUGAUGAUGAUGAUUUUGAUGAUGAGGAAGCUGAAGAAAAGGCUCCAGUAAAGAAAUCUAUACGAGAUACUCCAGCCAAAAAUGCACAAAAAUCAAACCAGAAUGGAAAAGACUCAAAACCAUCAACACCAAGAACAAAAGGUCAAGAAUCUUUCAAAAAACAGGAAAAGACUCCCAAAACACCGAAAGGACCUAGUUCUGUAGAAGACAUUAAAGCAAAAAUGCAAGCAAGUAUAGAAAAAGGUGGUUCUCUUCCCAAAGUGGAAGCCAAGUUCAUCAAUUAUGUGAAGAAUUGCUUCCGGAUGACUGACCAAGAGGUAACUGAAUUUUUAGGAGAUGUGACUAAAUCCUAAUUUUUUGUGACUUAUUCAUGAUUUUUAGUUUAAGUGUUGGCUUCUUUUAAAAGGUUCCUAACCACAAAUAAUACUUCAGAUUAAAUACCUGGAAACUUGUAAGAAUUUGAGAAGAUAACACUAGUACAUUUUUCUCCGGUUUUUCUAUAAAAUUAUCUCUUGGUUACUGAAUUCACUUUACUUUUGGUACUCUGUUGGCAAGGAAGUCAUCUGAUUUCCUUGCUGCUCCAUUUGAGUACUUGUAGUCUGGACUUCUGCUUUCUUUUGAGUUGGCAGAGAAGACCAUUUUCUCUGUAGGUCUUACAGGAAGCACAUUUUGCUGAAAACAACCUGAGGUAUAAAAUCUGGAAGCAAGAAGCCAAAUUAUAGUAAAUAUUCAAAUAUUAGCUUGAGUCAGCUGUUGAAUUUUAUAUUUCUUAAAUGCUAUUUUCUCAAUAGAAAAAAAAUCAUUUACUUUUAUGGUCGUAUUUAUGGUUGCUGACUCAGAUUGUAAAGGAAAAUGUAAAAACAAGGUAAGGUUGCAAAGGCACCUUUGUAUAUGUAGAACAUUCUGUGUUAAAUGGUUUUUGUCAAGAAUACCUAUAACUUUUUUUCAGUAUGAGCUACUUUUCUGCCAGUUACCUAGUACUUACAUGACUUAAAUGGCAGCACUACUUUGGUCCAGUUUGAAGUGUUUCAGCACUGCUUACUAUUAUUGGGGAGUUCAGCCUUUAUUGAUAUGGCUGUGAGAUGAAAUUCAAUUUUACACUCUUCUGUAAGAGACUGUUCUGUUCUGUUUGUGUGUAUCAAACCCCAAAAUGCAAGUGUGAAUUCUGUGAAGUUUCUGAACAGUAGACAUUUGUUAAACAAAAAUCCUUGUGAAACCAGAGUACGCAAUUGUUGCAAUUGUUCUGUAUUGCAAAUAGUGGAAAGUAAGAUGUGAAUCUGCAUUUACUAACAAGGAAGUAUAAGACAAAUGAUUUCUCCCAGUUAGUGUCAAAGACCAUGGUAAAAUAAGAUCUGUGGUUAAGAAUUUAGGGAAAGAUAAUCAAAGUUGUGAAGGUAUUAGUCUUGCAGCUGAAAUGACUGAACUCAUUGCUAUCAGAAGUAUGUUCUGAGUCUAAAACUGAAAGCCUAUUUUCAAGUGCAAGGAUGAAAUACUAAGGAAUAGUUCAGUUUACUAUUACAGAUAUUCAAACUGUAAAUGCCUCAUGUUUUUUUGACAUACCCCUACAGAUAACAGGUCACAAUGUAUAAAAUUUUUCAUUGCUUAUGCAGUUUUUCUUGUGAAAACUGCUUAUGGGGAUUUGGCUAGUAAAAACCAAUUUAAAGUGGUUAACUAAUAAAAUAAAUUGAGACUGUCAUUUGAAGAAUGAUUCUUACAUGGAUGUUAAUACUAGCAUGAGAACAAGUUACAGAUUUCAUGUGUUAAAGGACAAAACAAGGAUGUUCUUUUUGUCAGUUGACAUUUUGAAUCCAUAGAUUUUUAUUUUAUUUAUUUUAUUUUUUUUAUUUAUGAUAGUCACACACACAGAGAGAGAGGCAGAGGGAGAAGCAGGCUCCAUGCACCGGGAGCCCGACAUGGGACUCGAUCCCGGGUCUCCAGGAUUGCGUCCUGGGCCAAAGGCAGGCGCUAAACCACUGUGCCACCCAGGGUUCCCUGAAUCCUUAGAUUUUAAGAAUGAAGAGCAGAUUAUGUCUUGGAAGAUGGGUGUUAAGUGCUUUAACAAAUCAGAUAAGAGCAAAUCUGAGUAGUUAAUCUGGGUUUAAGUAGUUUUUAGUAUGUGUUCCAUAAUCUUAGAUAAAUGUAUUUAACUGUGUGUUCUAUAUUUUUAUGUGCUAAAUCUGGCAGCUCUAAAGUAUAGGACAUUGAGGCAACAUUUGGCCAAACUGGCCUCACCUCUUCCAUUUUGUUUAAGCUGUUAAAUACAUACAUACUAGUACCUCUGCCUACAAAGAUUGACAUGUUAUGCUUGAUUUGAGGUUAUUGAAAUUAAAUUCUGAGUAUACAUUUCCUUGAAAUUAGUUCUUAAUUAUCUAGAGUGAACCUUUUUGGUGGUAGGAUGAAAGAUAGAUACAUUGAACUGUACAAAGAGCUGUGGUUUAAUUUAUUGGUGUCUAUGAAGUGUUGUGGUUCUUUAACCACAUUUUUUUUUUUUUUUCCAGGCUAUUCAAGAUCUCUGGCAGUGGAGGAAGUCUCUUUAAGAAAAUAGUUUAAACAGUUUGUUAAAAUUUUCCGUCUUCUUUCAUUUCUGUAACAGUUGAUAUCUGGCUGUCCUUUUUAUAAUGCAGAGUGAGAACUUUCCCUACCGUGUCUGAUAAAUGUUGUCCAGGUUCCAUUGCCAAGAAUGUGUUGUCCAAAAUGCCUGUUUAGUUUUUAAAGAUGGAACUCCACCCUUUGCUUGGUUUUAAGUAUGUAUGGAAUGUUAUGAUAGGACAUAGUAGUAGUGGUGGUCAGACAAAUGGAAAUGGUGGGGAGACAAAAAUAUACAUGUGAAAUAAACUCAGUAUUUUAAUAAAGUAGCACUGUUUCUCUUUC